UCUGUCGUCCUCGAAUGAGGAGUACUAAUUUGUUUUAAAUGAAACAUAUAAUAAAUAAGCCUCUCGAAGACUUUAUCACCUCUAAUAGCUCCUUCUACCUGGCAUGUGUUCGCUGUAGCUGUUAUGAUGUUAAGCCGACUCUUAGCUUAGCUGGCUAAAUCCUAGCCAGAACAUUGGGAACGUAAACAAAGAAUGAUGGGUUUAUAGUCUAAUACGAAUUAUAUACAUUUUAUUAUAAAUAAGUGUAUUGAGUGGCGCAAUAACACUACAGGAAGCGUACUAACCACUUAUAAACCAAAGCAACAUUAUACACCCAUUUCAUGAGCAUCUUCAUCAAGUCAGGUGAAUGUCUCUGUCUUAUGGUUUUUAGUUGCCACAACAUGCCAGUAGACGAAAGAGAGGAUGAGGAGCCCUCCUCCUUGUACAGCCCAGCCAGUACUGCCCUUACCCCGGGAGGGUCCGAGGAGGAUGGGGGUGCCAACAGAGGCCCGGCACUGUGUUCCAUCCCUGGAACCAGUCAGGGCUCCGAGACGGCGGCAGCCUACCCAGCCAACCCCGGAGCAGGGGAGGGUACUAGUGGCAAGAGGAGCGGUGGCCUGGUGCACAUCAACCGCCACAGCAUCCAGGCGGCGGCCGCCAGCUCCGGGGCCGACGAGCUGCUGGGCCUGGGGGUGGCGGUGUACGACCAGGAGGUGCUCGAGCAGGGCGUGAUGCAGCAGGUGGACCAGGCCAUCCAGGAGGCCGGCCAGGCCGCGGCCAAGGUGGAGGCGGAGAAGGAGUACGGGGCGGUGCUGGACGACGUCAGGUCCGUGACCAUGGCUCUGAAGCACAUCAACAAGAUCUUAGACCAGCUGACUCCCUACGCAUCGAGCAAAGACAUCAGCAGGAAGAUUGAGUCGGUGAAACGGCAGAAGGAGAACAAGGAGAAGCAGCUGAAGAAGAUCCGCGCCAAGCAGAAGAGACUGCAGGCCAUCCUGGGGGGGGACGACUCGCUACGGGUGGAGGCGGAGCUGCUGGCCGAGGAUGACGGGGAGGAAGAGCCGGGGCCGUCCACGCUGGGCAGCAUGCUCAUGCCCUCCCAGGAGACGGAGUGGGAGGAGCUCAUCCGGACGGGCCAGAUGACACCGUUCGGAACGCGCAUCCCGCAGAAGUCGGAGAAGAAGGAGCCCCGGAAGCUAACGAUGGCCGAGGACUCGGCCUUCGACAUGUACCUGGCCGACCAGGCCAAGAUGGCCGUCAGCCGGAAGAGGCCCGCCCCGGGCAAAAAGACCAAGAAGAAGAAAGGCACGGAGGGGGGCGUCGUUGGGGCGGCGGGGGCGGCGGGGGCCAACGGAGCCGUCCCCUCGUCCACGGACAGGAAGCUGCAGAAGCGCAUGCGCAAGCUGCAGGCCACGGCGCUGAGGGCCCAGCCCCGGGCCCGGCCGAAGGCAGAGCCUCAGGCGCCCAGGCCCCCGAAGAGGUACCGGGCCGACGGGGGGGGCACGGACAGCGAGGGCUCGGAGUACCUGCCCAGCGACGAGGGAGUAGACCCGGAGAGGGAGGACAGGGAGGCGGCGGAGGAGGGCUACGGGGACGACGACGAAGACGACGAGUACGCGCUGAAGGGCUUCAAGAAGAGGCCCAAAGGGAGAGCGUCUAAGAAGGGGAAGAAGAGAGAGGGGAGUGACGAGGAAUACGCGCCGGGCAGCUCUGACGAAGACAAGGACGACGCCGGGAAGAAGGGGAAGGAGAAGCGGUGCCAGGACGACGGAGACGUGGAGUUCUACCGACAGAGAAUACGGAGGUGGAGGAGACAGCGCCUACGGGAGAGGGACGAGAAGAGGCAGAGGGGGGAAGACGUCUCGGAGGAGAGCGAGGAAGAGUUCGACGAGGGAUUCAAGAUGCCGUCCUUCCUCUGGAAGAAGCUCUUCAAGUACCAGCAGACAGGUGUGCGCUGGUUGUGGGAGCUCCACUGUCAGCAGGCAGGGGGCAUUCUGGGAGAUGAAAUGGGACUGGGCAAAACCAUCCAAGUCAUCGGCUUCCUGGCCGGCCUGAGCUACAGCAAACUAAGGACCAGAGGCUCCAACUACAGGUACCAGGGUCUGGGUCCCACAGUGAUCGUGUGCCCAGCCACAGUCAUGCACCAGUGGGUGAAGGAGUUCCACACAUGGUGGCCUCCCUUCAGAGUGGCCGUCCUCCACGAAACCGGCUCCUACACCUACAAGAAGGUAGGGCCCUCACUCACUCAAUCACCCACUGAGUCACUCAUGGAGUCACUCACUCACUCACUGAGUCAUUUACUGAGUCACUUGUCGCCGGCUCUGCUAACGCCGCCCCGCCCUCUUUCCCCGCAGAUCUUCUCGGGUUUGAUCUCGCUGCGGAAGAUCUGCAACCACCCGGACCUCCUGACGGGGGGGCCGCGGCUGCUGAAGAACGUCCCCGAGGACCAGCUCACCGAGGAGGAGCGCUUCGGCUUCUGGAGGCGCUCGGGGAAGCUGAUGGUGGUGGAGGCGCUGCUGCGGCUGUGGUUCAGGCAGGGCCACCGCGUGCUGCUCUUCACCCAGUCCAGACAGAUGCUGGACAUCCUGGAGGUGUUUGUGAGGGAGAACUGCUACCAGUUCGUCAAGAUGGACGGUACCACCCCCAUCGCGGCGCGGCAGCCGCUCAUCAACCGCUACAACGGGGACCGCUCCAUCUUUAUCUUCCUGUUGACCACGCGGGUCGGAGGCCUUGGCGUCAACCUCACUGGAGCCAACCGGGUCAUCAUCUACGACCCCGACUGGAACCCCAGCACCGACAUGCAGGCCCGGGAGAGAGCCUGGAGGAUAGGGCAGACCCAGCAGGUGACUGUCUAUAGGCUGUUGACUGCCGGCACCAUUGAGGAGAAAAUCUACCACAGGCAAAUCUUCAAACAGUUUUUGACCAACCGCGUCCUGAAGGACCCGAAGCAGCGGCGCUUCUUCAAGUCCAACGACGUCUACGAGCUCUUCACGCUGUCCAACCCCGACGGCGACCAGGGGACGGAGACCAGCGCCAUAUUCGCAGGCACGGGCUCGGACGUCAAGGCGCCGAUAAAACCAGAGAGGCCGAGGUCAUCGCACCGGUCUAAACACUCCAAACAUUCCCACAAACACUCCCAGGCUGACUCAAACGGCGCUGCUACCUCAGCCCAAAGCCCAUCCCUGACCCCCAGUGCUGCUGUAAAGGAAGAGAACACUAGCCAUAGACUCUCCCAGGGUCUUCCAAAUGGACUCGCCGACGGGGCGAAUACGGCGUCCGCCUCUCCGUCGGGGUCACACUCGGACGGAGCGAACCUCAGACCACCGAUCACAGACCACCACGCCGCCACGGCUCCGCACAAACACAGCGAGAAGAGGAAGCACUGCCGCACGGACCACCGCAAACACAAGAAGAAAGGGCGUCGCGAGGCCCAGGUGGAGGGCCAGCACAUCCCCCACCUGGUGAAGAAGAGGACCUUCAGGAAGGAGGACGACCACAAGGACGACCUGAAGGGGAACGACGACUACGUGCUGGCCAAGCUCUUCAAGCAGUCAGGAAUCCACAGCGUCAUGCAGCACGACAGCAUCAUCGAGGCGUCCAACCCGGACUACGUGCUGGUGGAGGCGGAGGCUAACCGCGUGGCCCGGGACGCCCUGAAGGCCCUGAAGGUGUCCCGGCAGCGCUGCCGCCCGUCCUACAACCGGCCGGCGCCCCAGCCCCCCGCCCGGAAACGCUUCGGCCAGAAGAAGAACCCGCUCCUCGCCACGGCAACCCCCGUGGCCCCGCCCAGCGCGGAGAACUGCAAGGACGCGGCCUUCAUCAAGAGGUCCGCCCCCAAGAAGCCCGGCGAGGGGGGCGGGCACUUCAGUGGCGAGGGGGUGGAGGGGGCGGAGUCGGGCGCCGCCCCUCUCUCCUCUUUCCUGCUGGCUAAGAUGAGGGAGAGGAACCACGUCAGCCGGCCCUCGGGCCCCGACGACGAAGAGGAGGAGGAGGAGGGGGGAGGGGGCGGGGCCGGGGAGGCCGCCGGACCCCCGCCCCCCCCCACGGAGCACGACGAGCUCCUGGUGGAGCUGAGGAACUUCGUGGCGUUCCAGGCGGCGGUGGACGGCCAGGCCUCCACCCAGGAGGUGCUGGGGCACUUCACGCCGCGGCUCUCCCAGCAGCAGGCGCCGGUGUUCAGGGAGCUGCUGCGGAGCCUCUGUGACUUCCAGCGCGCCUCGGGCCAGGGGGGCAUGUGGAGGCUGAAGGAGAGCUACCGCUGAGGGGGAGAGGGCCCCCCCCCCACGGUGCUGGGGGAGAGGGCUACAUGGCUAACGCUA